AUGAAAGAUGCUGUUGUGCCGAAACCAGUCAACUUUAUUUUUGAUCCAAAUUCACCGAUUUAUAGGAAGGGUGAUGAAAAUCAAGCUGGAGAGAUGGGUAGACCAGUCAUUGUUAACGUCUCUAAAUUAUCUCCAGCGGAAAAAGCCAGAUACGAUGAAGGAUUUGUUAAAAAUGCCUUUAAUCAAUAUGCUUCAGAUAUGAUUUCAAUACAUCGUCAGCUUCCAAGUUAUAUCGACGAGGAAUGUAGAAUGGAAAAAUAUAAUGAAAAUCUUCCAAAUACUUCAGUUGUGAUUUGUUUUCAUAAUGAGGCUUGGUCGGUUUUAUUAAGGACCGUCCAUAGUGUUUUGGAACGUACUCCGGAUCAUCUUUUAGCUGAAAUUAUUCUUAUAGAUGAUUUCUCGGAUAUGCCACAUUUAAAAGAACCUCUUGAUAAAUACAUGCAACAAUUCAAGAAAGUACGAAUAGUUCGUAUGAACCAACGUGGUGGUUUGAUUCGCGCACGUUUAAAAGGAGCUGCCGUUUCAUCUGGAUCAGUAAUUACAUUUUUAGAUUCUCAUUGCGAAUGCUUAGAAGGAUGGAUCCAACCGCUAUUGGAUCGUAUUAAACGUAACCCAGUAAAUGUAGUCUGUCCAGUGAUUGAUGUGAUCGAUGACAAAACUUUUGAAUUUUAUUAUUCAAAGGCUCAUGGUACAAAUGUUGGUGGAUUUGAUUGGAAUUUGCAAUUCAACUGGCAUGCAAUACCUUUAAGAGAUCGUAAAAAUCGAAGAGAUAUUGAUCCCGUAAGAUCGCCAACGAUGGCUGGCGGCCUUUUUUCAAUUGACCGAGCAUUUUUUGAAAAACUUGGUACGUAUGAUCCCGAAUUUGACAUUUGGGGCGGUGAAAAUCUGGAAAUCUCUUUUAAGAUUUGGAUGUGUGGUGGCACUUUAGAAAUCGUUCCGUGCAGCCAUGUUGGGCAUAUUUUCCGAAAAAGAUCGCCAUAUAAGUGGAGAACAGGAGUGAAUGUUUUAAAAAGAAAUUCAGUUCGAUUGGCAGAGGUUUGGCUUGAUGAUUACAAAAAAUAUUAUUAUGAAAGGAUCAACUAUCAGCUUGGCGAUUAUGGCGAUGUUUCGGAACGUAAAAAAUUGCGCAAUAAAUUGCAGUGCAAAUCGUUCAAAUGGUAUUUGGAUAAUAUAUAUCCAGAGUUAUUUAUUCCUGGAGAUUCGAUCGCCAAGGGAGAGGUACGAAAUCUUGGUAUGCCGCUUAAUUCAGAUGUAAGGCAGUGUUUGGAUAGUCCUGCUGGUGAAGAUCUUCGCAAGGCGAUAACUCCUUAUCCUUGUCAUGGACAAGGAGGGAAUCAGGUUCGUAAUCGUGGAGGUGGCUCUAAGAAUUGUUUGGACUGGGCAUCUCGCAGUCAGAAGAAAACUAAAAUUGGUCUCUACUGGUGUCAUAAUCAAGGGGGAAAUCAGUAUUGGAUGUUAAGUAAGGAUGGUGAAAUUCGUAGAGACGAGUCAUGCGUUGAUUAUGCUGGAAGUGAUGUAAUGAUUUUUCCUUGUCAUGGCCUGAAAGGCAAUCAAGAAUGGAAGUACGACAAUUCGUUGCAUCAGUUACUUCACGUUGUUUCGAACAGAUGUUUGGAGAUGAGUCGUGAUGGUGCAUUAUUAUUAAUGAAAUCUUGCGAUCCCGAUAAUCUCUAUCAACAAUGGGUUUUUAAAGAAUAUUUCGAGGAUAAAGCUAGAGAAUUUGGAAUGCUUUAA